CUAUAAGGUGCCACAGGAUUCUCUGCUGCUUUUACAGAUCCAGACUAACACGGCUACUCCUCUGAUACUAGUCAGAUUCAUUGCUCUUUGUAUAUUUAUAUUGUUUCUCAACGGCAAAAAUAACCUAUAAAGGAAAAUGUGUGUAUACAAUUUCUCAUUUUGUUGAUUUAAUACAAGUCUCGUAAAUAUCCUAGUGCACUUUCUAAAAGGUGCUGUAUUGUUGUGAAAGAACAGAAAAGGAUGGAUACGUUACUUUGCAUUAGUAUGUUUUCACUAGACUCAGCGAAGAAACACGAAGCGAGACUUGUUCUUAAGCCUCACUUUAUUUCCUUAAUUUCCCUGAUAGGGUAGCGUAAAUUGUGCUCUCACACAACUACUUAAUACAAGAACAGUGAAGAAAUGACACUCUGCAGCCCGCGCUCAUACCAUGACGAUUUAUGAUAGGUUGAAAAAUAUUUAUUGUCUGAGCAGCCAAUGGGUAUGCGGAUCUAACUCUGACCAAUAGACCUGUACAUUGUGCCGGAGAGGACGGAUUUGACUCUCACGUCCAAUUAAAAAAGAGGAAAGGGAAACGCAUAAUUUGCAUAAGGCUUCUAUAAAUAGAGGGGCGGCCGCUAUUAUACUGUAUUGUUAGGUAUUUUGAAAUUGAGAAGUAGUGUACGUCGAGUAUUUUAAAAUAGAAUAAUUUAUUUCAAGAUGCCUGAACCAGCAAAAUCUGCUCCCGCUCCCAAGAAGGGCUCUAAAAAAGCUGUGACUAAGACUCAGAAGAAGGGCGAUAAGAAGCGUAGAAAGACUAGGAAAGAGAGUUAUUCUAUAUACGUGUACAAAGUGCUGAAACAAGUUCACCCGGACACCGGUAUUUCCUCUAAGGCCAUGGGGAUCAUGAACUCCUUUGUGAACGACAUCUUCGAGCGCAUCGCUGGGGAAGCGUCUCGCCUGGCGCAUUAUAACAAGCGUUCAACCAUCACAUCCCGGGAGAUCCAGACCGCUGUGCGCCUGCUUCUGCCGGGGGAGCUGGCCAAACAUGCUGUGUCUGAGGGCACUAAGGCCGUCACCAAGUACACCAGCUCCAAGUAAAUCGGGGGGUAUCUGAAAAAACACAAAGGCUCUUUUAAGAGCCACCCACACUUUCACAAUGAGAG